GAGAGAGAGAGAGAGAGAGAACAAACCAACUCCAGAAUACUGAGAAGCCAAAAGCACCACAGCAUCCUACCUCCUCAAGCCCUCGAUAGCCCAGCCUCCAAGCUCCUUCACGCGCACACACACGCUCACGCACACACACGCUCACGCGUCCUAAUGCUCAACGCUGUGCCUCUGCUUUAUUGUUUCCCUGCGUGUCUGGGUGGAGGUCUGCGCGAGGAGCUGAAGAUGUGAGCGUCACGCUGAGGCUCCAGGCCCAUUGGUCGCUGCCUUCAACCAUUAUCUCCUUCUCUGGCUCUCUGUGCGUUUCUCUCCGUCCUUCCCGCGCGCCGUCUUCCUUUAACCCGCGAAGAAUGAUUGGCAUACACGAGACCAGAGGAACUUGCCAGCGUGAGUGAGGAAGAGAGAUAAAGUGCGAGGGAACGAGGAAAAUACAACCAGGAGACAGAAAAAAGUUGUGAGACUGGAGACUGGCUACAGGGCAUCAUUCGGAGGGUGUGACACUCUGCAACAAGUCGUUUAUGUUUACAAAAAUGAAAUUGGAGGAGGUGUAGUGACCCCUUAUCAGUCAUCUGCCAUAGAGGGGUGUGGAGUAAACAGAGGUCUGAGCCAAAGAGCAAUUAAACCUGCAAUUACAUCAGAUGGAGGUGGAUGUAGCAGAUGAGAAGCGCCAUUGCACACGCUCAAAAGUACCCUUGGAGCCAGCGAUACAGGAGUUGUUCAGUGUGUAUGGCUGUCCUGUCGCCAAGAAGAGGAAACCCCUGGAGAGUCAUGCCCUGGAGCUGUCGCCCAAGAGAAAGGUCUUUCUAACCGUCGUAGAUCAGCAGUCCAUGGAGAAAUGCUACAACAAAAUGGAGGAAAUGGAUGGAAAAGAGGAGGAAGAAGAAGAAGAAGAGGAAAGAGAAGAAGAUGAGGAAGAGGAAGAGGAAGGGGAGGAGGAAUUCACAGACAAUGAGGACCAGUAUGAGAAUGAUGAGGUGGAAGUGAUUAAUGGAGAAGAGGAAGAGGUGGAAGAGGAAGACGAGGAAGUGGUGGACGAAGAUGAGGAGGAAGAUGAAUUAGAGAGAGAGGUAGAAGAGGAGGAAGUCGUGGAGGACGAGGAAGAAUACGAGGAGCCGAUUCAUGAAUUAGAGAGUUAUGAAACUAAUCGUGGUAAACCGAUCCCCGCCAUGGAGAAAGACGAUAACAACAACGACGAAUAUGAAAACUACGAUGAACUGGUGGCCAAAUCUCUGCUGAACCUCGGCAAGAUUGCUGAAGAUGCUGCUUACCGGGCCAUGACUGAGUCAGAGAUGAACAGCAACUCCUCGAACAGUGCCGAAGAGGAAGACUAUGAAGAUGAAGAGGAUGAAGAUGAUUAUGAAGAGGAGGACGAGGAAGGUGAGGAGGGGUUGAGGAAGAGCGAGCUGAGUCUAGACGUCAACAGUGAUGUAGUUAGAGAGACGGUGGACUCUCUUAAGCUCCUGGCGCAGGGUCACGGAGUUACGCUCUUAGACAACCUCCACGGGAGGGACUAUCAGGACAGCGGAGAGGAGAACAACGGAAAUGGACUCACUGGAAACAUGAGUUGCGGGCAGGGCAGACCAAACACUAAUGGUCAGAUGGCGGAUAAGAGCGAUGAGGAAGUUUGUUUGAGCAGUCUGGAGUGUCUUCGCAACCAGUGCUUCGACUUGGCGCGCAAGUUAAGCGAGACCAAGCCGACCGAUCGUCUCAACAACAGUCAGCAGAUUCAUCAGGAGGACCAACAACAGAACCCUGAGGAACGCCGCAUCCUAGAGCGCAACUACUCGGACAUGGUUAACCUGAUGAAGCUUGAGGAGCAGCUCAGCCCUCGCUCCAAGACUUUCUCCAGCUGUGCCGAAGAGCACAAGAGCUUUCAGGACUGCGAUGAAGACACCACGUCCAUAGCGUCGGAUGAAGGGUUUGACAUGACCAAGGGUAACUUGUCGCUUCUGGAGAAGGCCAUAGCGCUGGAAACCGAGCGGAGCAAGGCCAUGCGGGAGAAGAUGGCCUCGGAGGCAGCCAGGAGACACAGACUGCAUUUACAUGAGGACGGCUUACGGCACAGCUGCGCAGAGGAACGCAAGGCCCGUCUGCACCAUGAUGGAUUAAAGAAGACCUUCUACCUUAAAGAUUCUUCAAGGUCAGGGAAGAAAGAGAGUCGGUGCCCAACGCCUGGCUGUGACGGCACGGGUCACGUGACCGGCUUGUACCCUCACCAUCGCAGCCUGUCUGGAUGCCCUCAUAAAGACAGAGUCCCACCGGAGAUUCUUGCAAUGUAUGAAAAUGUUCUUAAGUGUCCUACGCCUGGCUGCACGGGCCGGGGUCACGUCAACAGCAACCGGAACUCUCACAGGAGCUUGUCAGGCUGCCCGAUAGCAGCUGCGGAGAAACUGGCCAAAGCCCAUGAGAAACACCAGACCUGUGACGGAACCAAAUCCGGCCAGGGUUCAGACCGGGUCCUGAGGCCCAUGUGUUUUGUAAAACAGUUGGAGAUUCCACAGUACGGUUAUAAGAAUAAUGUCCCUACGACAACUCCACGCUCCAACCUGGCCAAAGAGCUGGAGAAAUACUCCAAAACCAACUUCGACUACAACAACUUUGACAACAACAACGUCUACAACAAACGGCACACCGCUGCACCCAAACUCCACGGGCGAGACACGCUGCCUAAAAGUGAUGAUGUCAAGCGCUACUGCAAGAGCUCCAGCUCGGCGAGCAGCACCACCAGCAGCUACGGGCCCUGCAGCAGCGCCGGCAGUCUGAGCUGCGGAGGGGGAGGAGCCGGGGGAGGGGCCAGAGGCGGAGAGAGCAGCGCCAGCAGCACCUGCAGCAAGAGCAGUUUCGACUACACCCACGACAUGGAGGCGGCACACAUGGCAGCCACCGCCAUCCUCAACCUGUCCACCCGCUGCAGGGAGAUGCCACAGAGUCUUAGUUGCAAACCCCUGGAAAUCUGCACGCAGUCUGAUGAUCUGGAUCCCUUCCAUGACAUUUUAGAAGACAGCGCGUACACAUCAGAUGUCAAUAUUCCCAGUCCCAAGCUGAAAUUCCCACCUUGCAAAGAAAGCAAGAAGGAUCUGAUAACCCUUUCAGGUUGUCCUUUAGCAGAUAAAAGCAUUCGGAGUAUGAUGGCCACCAACUCACAAGAACUCAAGUGCUUGACCCCGGGCUGUGACGGCUCGGGACAUAUCACUGGCAACUACGCUUCACACAGAAGUUUGUCAGGAUGUCCACGGGCGCGAAAGAGCGGAAUAAAGAUACCACACAGCAAAGAGGACAAAGAAGACCAAGAGCCAAUCAGGUGUCCGGUGCCCGGCUGCGACGGCCAGGGACACAUAACAGGGAAAUACGCGUCGCACCGCAGUGCGUCAGGCUGCCCUUUAGCAGCCAAACGACAGAAAGACGGAUAUAUCAGUGGCUCCCAGUUUACAUGGAAAGCUGGUAAAGCAGACGGGAUGUCGUGUCCCACUCCAGGAUGUGAUGGAUCCGGACACGUCAGUGGCAGUUUCCUCACCCACAGAAGUCUCUCUGGUUGUCCACGAGCCACAGCGGCCAUGAAGAAAGCCAGACUAUCAGGAGUGGAGAUGCUCACAAUUAAACAGCAGUCAAGCAACGGUUUAGACAGUGAUACAGAAGUUAAACAGCUGGAAGAAGAUAUUACAGAUUUAAAUGAAUCGAAUUCACAGGUGGAGGCGGAUAUGAUCAAACUUAGAACACAGAUUACCACAAUGGAGUCGAAUAUGAAGUCCAUAGAGGAAGAAAACAAGAAAUCAUCACUUCACAAAGAGGCCAUUAGAAAUAACAGCUGUUUGCAGCUGCAUCAGAGAGAGCCGAUAAGUGAAGAGAACUUUGAUGCGUAUGUCACCACAUUAACGGACAUGUACUCAAAUCAAGAGCAGUAUCAGUGCCCGGAGAACAAAGCCCUUCUGGAAAACAUCAAACAAGCAGUACAAGGCAUUCAAGUGUAGCUCCUCCGCUAAUGAACGGCGCUUUUCUAAACUGAAGGAAUACAGGGGACAAAAGACAUUUCCAGAAAAAAAAACAUAGGAUGCCUCAUGCUGUGUGUCAGUGUUAAAUACAUAAGUUCUUGAAAAAAAGUGUUAUGCUGACUAAACAUGUUUUUCUUUGGACUUUUCUUUUUGGCCUUGCUUAAAAAAAUACCGAUCUGCAGAAUAGUUUUUUGAAAAUAUUCGCAUUUUGUACGGUUUCAUAUGGACUAACGUAGUGUGAAGUGAAUCUUUCUUGCUGCUCGUUAAUGCACCUUUCAGUGUAUAUUUCUGAAAAGUAAUGCAACCAUUACUGAAUAUACAUUCUUUUUCAUGCUUGCUCAGCGAGGAUUGCAGACUGUAGUCAGAGGUGUGUGGUUUUCUGUUACUAUAGGCUAUACUUAUAACAAAAUAUAAUGCUGAAUACAAAAUACAGCGAUUCUUAAUCCAGGUUCUAGGGACCCAGAGCAAUGAACAUUUAUGCCCCGUUCAGAUUACAAGCGAUUUUGUCACUGCAAGUCGCCAGCGGUUGGCGGUUAGGUCACUAGUGGGCUUUCCCACUACUGGUGACGCUCACUGUAGGAGCUGAGAGAAGAAGAAUCACGUUAGCUCCCAUCUUCACUCCUAUUGGCUGUCGCUCCUCAUUUGAAUAAAGUUAAACAUUUCUCAACUUUGUCGCUAGACAUGCCCCAUCCGGUCGCCAACGGUUGCUACUGCUCGUGUCGCCGGAAGUCACCAGCUCUCUAUUGAAAUGAAUGGGAUCUUGUAGUCUGAACGGGGCAUUAGCAUUUUGUAACACCUCCAGGGUGUGUGCCAGGUCAGUAGACAGCCCUUAGUACUAGUCAGUAGUACAAAUGAAACCAAAAAUGACCACAAAUGAAUCAUGGUUUUGCUACAGUAACCAUAGUUUAACAUUGGUAUUUGUACAGUAGUAAAAUCAUGGUUAUACAAAUGGUACAACACUAUAAACUUUUACUAGUGUAAAAAAUAAGGGCACUGACAGGUUGUCAUUCGCAAAAUUCUUCCAGUGCACUGAAACAUUCCCUUCCGCUUAAAAAAAAUCCCAAAAUGCAAUGCAAAAACCAGGAAGCAUACAUGAAAUUUGAGGAGCCAAACAUCAAGAAACAAUCAAAAGACAACAUACGAUUAAACACACAUAAUAAACAUUUAAAAUGUAAAAUAUUGGUUUUGCCUGGUGGUAUAUAGACUUUGAUUGGCUGUCAACGUUUUAUCAAUCGUCAACUGGAAAAAACAUCAGAAUUUUUAUCAAAAGAGACGUUCAGAAUGUGCAGUGUUAUGGGUCCCCAAGAUCAGGAUUAAGAACCACUGCUACAUCAGUUUAACUGAAGAGUCACCUGUGAGUAAACCAUUCGAAGUUUGAUUUGCCUAUAUAUUUUUACAUUCAAUACAUUUACAAAACAUUGCUCUGUUUGUUUGAGCGGCCCAACCAGCCAGACGCAGCGCGGCUAAUUGCGAGACCAAUCGGGAGAGCAUUUAAAAAUCUGCUUGAAAGUUAUCGCAUUACACACUUCACCUUAACAUUGCAAGAAUGCAAAGAAGUACACUGUAAAAAAUGAUUUGUUGUUUUUUGUUGUUUCAACUUAAAAAAAUAAGUUACCUUG